GAGUUUCUUCACCGCAUAACCUCACAGAACUGAAGAAAACCAUCAUUUCUAGAACGCCCUCUUUUUAAGGUAGAACUUUAGACUUCAUAGCACUGAAUUAACCUGCACUGAAAGCUGUUUACCUGCAGUUACUCACUUUUGUUGAAAGUGACCAUGUCUCAAGUUCAAGUGCAAGUUCAGAACCCAUCUGCCACUCUCUCAGGGAGCCAAAUACUGAACAAGAACCAGUCUCUUCUCUCCCAGCCUUUGAUGGGUAUUCCUCCUCCUGCUAGCUCUCUACCCUCUGAGAAUGCAGGUAGACCUAUCCAAAUUUCUGCUUUACCCUCUGCAUCUGUUACAUCCACCAGUGCAGCUGCAGAAAGUGUAACCCCUACUGUAGAACUAAAUGCGCUGUGCAUGAAACUUGGAAAAAAACCAAUGUAUAAGCCUGUUGAUCCUUACUCUCGGAUGCAGUCCACCUACAAUUACAACAUGAGAGGAGGUGCUUACCCCCCGAGGUACUUUUAUCCAUUUCCAGUUCCACCUUUGCUUUAUCAAGUUGAACUUUCUGUGGGAGGACAGCAAUUUAACGGGAAAGGAAAGACUAGACAGGCCGCGAAACAUGACGCUGCUGCAAAAGCCUUGAGAAUCCUGCAGAAUGAGACCCCACCAGAGAGGCUGGAGGUGAAUGGAAGAGAAUCAGAAGAAGAAAAUCUCAAUAAAUCUGAAAUAAGUCAAGUGUUCGAGAUUGCACUUAAACGGAACUUACCUGUGAAUUUUGAGUCUUUCCCUCUGAAACAGGUGGCCCGGGAGAGUGGCCCACCCCACAUGAAGAACUUCGUGACCAAGGUUUCCGUUGGGGAGUUUGUCGGGGAAGGUGAAGGGAAGAGCAAGAAGAUUUCCAAGAAGAACGCGGCAAUAGCUGUCCUUGAGGAGCUGAAGAAGCUGCCACCCUUGCCUGCAGUUGAGCGGGUGAAGCCCAGAAUCAAAAAGAAAACAAAACCCAUAGUCAAGCCACAGACAAGCCCCGAGUAUGGCCAGGGCAUCAACCCGAUCAGCAGACUGGCCCAGAUCCAGCAGGCGAAGAAGGAGAAGGAGCCAGAGUACCUGCUCCUCACAGAGCGAGGCCUCCCACGCCGCAGGGAGUUCGUGAUGCAGGUGAAGGUUGGAAACCACACUGCAGAAGGAGUGGGCACCAAUAAGAAGGUAGCCAAGCGCAACGCGGCUGAGAACAUGCUGGAGAUCCUUGGCUUCAAAGUCCCACAGGCACAGCCUGCCAAACCAGCGCUCAAGUCAGAGGAAAAGACACCCAUAAAGAAACCUGGGGAUGGAAGAAAAGUAACCUUUUUUGAACCUGGCUCUGGGGAUGAAAACGGGACUAGUGAUAGAGAGGAUGAGUUCAGGAUGCCUUGUCUAAGUCAUCAGCAACUGCCUGCUGGAAUUCUCCCAAUGGUGCCCGAGGUCGCCCAGGCUGUAGGAGUCAGUCAAGGACAUCACGCCAAAGAUUUCACCCGGGCAGCCCCGAACCCUGCCAAGGCCACGGUGACUGCCAUGAUAGCCCGAGAGCUGUUGUAUGGGGGCACCUCGCCCACAGCCGAGACCAUCGCAAGGAGCAGCGUCUCUUCGGGCCACGCACCCCAUGGACCUCUCACGAGACCCUCUGAGCAGCUGGACUAUCUUACCAGAGUCCAGGGAUUCCAGGUUGAAUACAAAGACUUCCCCAAAAACAACAAGAAUGAAUUUGUAUCCCUCAUCAAUUGCUCCUCUCAGCCACCUCUGAUCAGCCACGGUAUCGGCAAGGAUCUUCAGUCCUGCCACGACAUGGCUGCUCUGAAUAUUUUAAAGUUGCUGUCUGAGUUGGACCAACAAAGUACAGAGAUGCCAAGAACAGGAAACGGACCAAUGUCUGUGUGUGGGAGGUGCUGAACCUUUUCUGGCCAUGAACCAUUAUAAAAUCCCAAAAUAUAUACUGAAAAUACUGAAACUGCUUUGAAAAUUUGGAAUUUCUGAUACCUCCAGUGGGCCGAGACACAGUGGGUGAAGAACGUGGGCGGUGGUGGUGAAGACGACAGAGACACGAGGAGGUGACUGUGACCGAGCCGGACCAUGCUGGGGUUUGUUGUGACAGCCGCUCGUGAACCAGCGGUCCCCACACAGAAACAACUGCCCUUGGGGAAGGAAGGGCCUGCCUGGCUGGCUGGCUCCAUCAGGAAACCAGCAGAUUGUGCCCUGGACUCCGCAGUGCUUGAUAUUGUUCUUUUUUUUUUUUCUGUGUGAGAGAAGAAACAGAAAGCAUGACCCCUUCUGAAACUGGCUCGCUCCAACGCUUUGGGACAAACCCUGGUCAGCCACGCCAGAGAGAGGCCUUACAUCGGCCCCAGAGCUAAAAGCACCAGAGAAAAUCAGAUGCUUCCUGCUCAGCGCAACCGAACUUUCCUAGCGUGCUGUGGCCCCACAUCUCCUGUCGUCCCACGCCAUAACCACUGCUUCCUCCAACAGUAAUAUGUAUUCUUAGUUUCAUUCUUUUCUUUUGAUUGAUAUGACACUAUAUAAAAUCUUCAUUUGAGAGUUUCUCAAUUGUAUCUAGUUAUAUAGCACAGUUUGGAAACUUGUCUGAGACUGACUUUAUCAGUAAUCUAACCGGCAAAGAUCAUAUCCAUGUGUAUGUGGUUGUAUGUUUUUAUUUCAUUGGACUAACCCAGGACCAUUUCAGUGAUGCAAAUUGUGUGCCCUCUGGUUCGGCUGAAACAGUCCUGGACUUCUCAGAAACCUUGAUGAAGUCUCCCAUAGUUGUAUAAAUUGGACACUUUAGGCAGUUUAAACUUUAGAUGGUCAUUUGGUUCCUUUUCUAUUUUAUUUCUAUUUUUGUUAAUACAAACAGGACUUAAAACAAAUGAACUUUGAUCUUUGUUUUAAAGAUUAUGAAAAAUUUGUGUCUAUACAUAUGGCUCCUGAGGAUGGAGCUUUCCCUGCACUACAGGAUAUGAUCUCCGUGUCGUCCAUAUAAACCUGCAGAUUGAUUUUCCUUGAGUGCUUAUACCGUUAAUUACAUCUCCAUGUAGGGCUGGAAAGAAUGACCUAUGUUUCUAUAUACAGCUGUGUUGCUUUGAUGUUGUGCUGUCGUACACAGAGGUGUGUACACUAAGGUUCUGCCUAUGGUCCAGAUGAGAAGCCUGGUAGCCUUGCAAGUUAAGUACUGCUUCCAUUCAUUUGUUUACGCUGAAAUUUUUCUCCCCCUGGAAUGUAAGUAAAACUUAGUGUUUGUCACCAAUAAAUGGUAAUACUAAAUUUUUUUGUUAAUUUAUUCUCAGAUGCCCCCACUGCUAGGUUGAUCCCCUCCCAACUUGCCCUCUACCCUUUUUUAAGAAAAAAAUUUGUAAUGCUUGUGAUUCUGUCUGGGCAAAACCUGAAGAUCUGAAAUAACUUUAUAUCAAACCAUUGAUCAAUAAACAGCUACUAAUGAA